AUGCGGUGGUGUCUCCUCCUGAUCUGGGCCCAGGGGCUGAGACAGGCUCCCCUCCUGGCCUCAGGAGCCGUGCCAGGCAGACUAGGGACCGCGGGGAACAUUUCUGCGGAGGAAGGCAGCUCCGUCACCUUACAGUGUCACCUCUCCUCCACCUCAGCCACGGUGACGCAGGUGGACUGGACGCAGCAGGGCCGGUUUCUAGCCAUUCAUCACGCUGAGUCCGGCUGGUCCGUCUACCCGGCGUUCAGGGAGCGGGUGGUCCCCCGCCCGGACCUGGGCCUCACCCUGCAGGCGCUGACUGCAAACGACACCGGGGUGUACUCCUGCAUCUAUCACACCUUCCCGGACGGCAUCUACAGAGGGAGACUCUUCCUGGAGGUCCUGCGAAGCUCAGGCGCUGGGCACCUCCCGGGGCUCCUCCUCCCCCUGCUUGGGGUCCUGCUGCUGGUGGUCAUCUGCACCGUGGUCACAGCGGUGGUCAUGUUGGCCAGAAAGAAGAAAUUUCUCAGAAUUCGCUCUGCAGAAAGUGGCCUCAGGAGCGUGCCAUGUGGACAGGAGGAAUGGGAGCUCAGGGUUCCGGCCGCCCCUGCCAGCUGCGUCGGGGUAGAAGCUGCGGCUGCUGGUUCAGGCUCAUGCAGAGAGCAGAGGGACGAUGACUAUGACGAGCCACACGACUACUUCAACGUCCUGAGCUACAGGAGCCUCGGGGACAUCAGCUUCCCAGCAGAGACUGGUUAG